AUUGAGGACUGUGCUCGUGAAUCUGCCAGCUUUAGUGUGACAGAUGCACAGCUGAUGUUUGCUCGAGAUGAGUUAGACAGCAUGGUGAACCAUGGGAUCAGAGCAAGUGAUCACGCACCUCUUCGGGGGGUGUGUUACAGCUUGACAAAUUGGAUAAAGGAAUGUGCUGACCAGCUAGUGGAAAGAGAAUAUGAAUCAUCUUGUAAAGUGUGGAAUGGCAAUGAGAUCAUUUCAGUUUUUCACGAUAUGGGCAUAACAAAUGCAACAUUUCCUAUGCUUAAGGGUAAUCUUGCAGCUGUGGUUGAGAAGGAGGAAAAGACAACUAUGCUUAAUGGUCAGGAAACUGUAGUGAAAGUGCCAGUACUCAGCUCUAAAACGCAAAUGGUCUUGAAAGGGUUGUUUGUUGUGUUAGAUUACUUAUUCCGCCAUAAUAACAGAUUUGCAGAAGAUUACAGAAUUGCUCUGCAGCAGUCUUAC